AUGCAGAAGUCUUCUUCUUCCUCAUCCUCAUCCUACCAGCUACGAAUUUAUCAAUUCCAGCUACUAAUAGCUGCUGGUCUUCUACUUUUGCUGUUAAUGCCAGCCUUAGUCACUUCCGUUCGCCAUAUUGAUAAUGACGAUGAAUAUCACGAUGAGCAACAGCAACAACUGUUGCGACAACAACAGCUACGGUAUCAACAGCAGCAGCAACAACAACUACUACAACAGCAUUACAGCCAAAGACAACGCCAACAAGUACAACAACAACAACGUCGUAGCAGUGGAUUUACAAGCACGUCCGCCAAUCAUCGACCCAAUGAAUCACAACAACAUUGGAAACGCAUUAACAAGCAAUAUUACACAAGUGUUGGGACGAACUAUUACAACAACAAUAAUAAUAAUAACAACAACAAAUUAUCAAUGGCCCUCACCAAAUAUCCCCAAAGUGCCGAGGCCCAAUAUGCCGACGAUGAAGAAGAUCCCAAUGAAAAUCAAUAUCAUUUGAGGGAUGAUAACGGGGAUGGGAAUGAUGGCGAUGAAGAUGACGAUGACAUGUAUUCGGAAGAUUCGACCGAUGUUGAGGCAUCUGUGGGUUCGGUGAGAUCGUCGAAUGUUAAGCAGAAUAUGCAGCAUCCACCGUAUGAUUUCUACAAUUGCUGUAACGAAGUAUUCGGUUCAUGUAGGACAUCCUGUGAAAAUCUGUCAUUGGUCCAAUUGUCACCCACAGAUGUAAACGGCCGCAGCAUUCGCCUGGAAAUGAAAAAAUAUUGUCCUUCAAUGCAAUUGGAAUUUUGGUCUUGUAUGAAUAGAACGUUAGAAGCUGUCGCCCGUGGUUCCCAAUGGUCGGGACGUCGUUGCUGUGCCUUGGGUGUCUCACCACGUUGCAGUAAUGCCUGUGCCACAAUGUCAUCGACGGGUGAGCUAAUCAAUGCCUGCCGCCAAAGUGAUGAACAGCAUAUGUUCGCCUGUUUCGAACGCCAAGAGGCUGGUGAUCGCUGCUGUGGAAAUGCCAAAACUUCAGAGUGUCUGCAGGCCUGUCGCGAAAUAUUCGAGCCUCAUCCUUCACACAAACGCAACAACCGAAGACAUCUACACGAAAUGUGUGGUGAGAAAAAUGCCGAUGUUAUACAGUGUGUUAAAAAUGUCACAGAUAUGUCACCCGUCACAAAUUCGCACAAAUAUUUACCCUGCUGUGAUUUUUCGGAUAAUGAAAAUUGUCGCAAUACCUGCCGUUCGGUGCUGAAUACCACCGAAAGUACCGAUAUUAUUAUCGGAGAACUUGAGGCAGGAGGAUGUGGAACGGUGCUACCCCAUUUACCUCUGUGGCAAUGUUUCUUCACGGCGGAAAGGAAAAUGUUUGUACCGGCUGUCAGCGUGAACAAUCAUGAAACUGAAGUAUCACAAAUAAAUCGUUUGGGUAUAGAUGGCGCCAAGCUGCAUUGCUGCGAAAAGGCCCUCUCCGCCAAAUGUCGACGCCUGUGUUUACAAACUUUCACCACAGAUUGGACCAAUUCGAUGAACAAUUUCGAAGAGGCCUGCCUAAUGCAACCCAAUGAAUUGGAAUUGCGCCAGUGUAUCGAUGAGGUGGACGAACCCUGUGAAUUGGGUUGUGAUGGCCUGAGCUUCUGCACCAAUUUCAAUAAUCGUCCAACGGAACUAUUUCGCAGUUGUACCGUUGAGGCUGAUAUGGCAGCCAAAUCGGAUUUAUUAAUGUGGCAGCAGAGGGGUUAUGUCAGCUUACCCGGUGUCAAUUUACCCAUUAAAAAUAUGACUCGAUGUUCGCCGGAAAAAUGGAAGGCCAUAGCCUGCAUCCUCCAAACGAAGCCCUGCUCCCGACAGGGUCAUUACAAUCACAUUUGUCGUGAGAAUUGUUAUGAAAUCUUAAGUGAAUGUAUGGAUUGGACUCGCAUGAAUACCUCCCUGAAUGCAGAUGCCAUUUGUGCUCGCCUACAUCCCGAGGGUGAGGGUGUGCCUUGUAUUUCUCUGCGUCCCUAUUUGGAGGAGAGUGAUGCCCCCAAAGAAACUGGUGGUCAUCAUCGUAUAACAUCCCCGUGCAAAGGGCAUCCCUGUAACGCCAGUGAAGUAUGUUUGGCGGCGCGUAAUGGUUCUUCACUAUACGAAUGUAUACCCGGUUGUGCCCUCGGCGAGACAUCAAAUUAUUUAGUGCCCUUUGGUGCCUACGUUCGUAUACCCGUCCAAUUGACAGCAAAUCGUGGUGGUUUUAAGGUUUGCCGUUGUGGCCAACAGGGUCGUAUUGAACAUUGCCAACCUCUGCCCAGUGUUUCGUUUGAAAGUUGUGUUCUACCCGGUGGAAGGAAAAUUAAACAUGGCACAUCAUUCUAUUUGGAAUGUAAUUUAUGCACCUGCUAUGCGGAGGAGAUCACCUGCACCAAGAAACAAUGUAAAAUGCCGGGUUACACGGAUGUCUCCUAUACCAGUUUACCCUGCAACUGUCCCACACACUAUGUUCCGGUGUGUGGCAUCAAUGGUCGCACUUAUCCCUCUUUGUGUAUUGCACGUUGUUUGGGUCUACAGGAUAGUGAUUUAGAUUUCGGUGCCUGUUCCGUAUGGAAUCCAUGUGCUCCCGGUGCAUAUCAUUGUCCGGCUGGCACGCAAUGUGUCGAGCAUAGGCAAAUUUGUUUAUCCUCCAUGCAUAGGCCAUGUUUACAGUACAAAUGUGUUAACCAAACGCUGCCAUGUGAAGACACCGACCAACCCGUUUGCGAUACCAAGGGUAUGACCUACAAAUCUGCCUGUGAUCUUGUGAAUACCAAAUCAACGUUUGCCCAUUGGGGUCCAUGUAAUCGUGGCUGUUCUUGGAAGGGCCCUGUGUGCGGUAUCAACGGCGUUAAUUAUCCCAGUGAAUGUGCUGCCUGGUCCGAUUAUGUUCUCGUCGAUUAUAAGGGACGUUGUCGUGAAGUCGGUCUACUGAGUCAUGAUUUGGAAAGGAAACGUUGUCGUCAAGUUAAAUGUCCCGAUUUACCAUCCCCCUACUGUCAAGCCAUAACGCCACCGGGAGCCUGUUGUCCCCUAUGUGCAUCAGCAUUUCGUAUUAUCUAUUCUCGGAAACAAAUCGAUCGAGCUCUCUAUGCCCUCCGAGGGCAACACAAAGAUUUGCUGACUUUACGUAGUGUCCUGCAUGAACUCGAUAGCCUUAUACAGGUUACUGAAUGUCAGCUAACGGGUUUCCUCACCAUGGAAGUGGGAAUAUUUGUGGCGAUUGUACCAAGGGCAUCAACACCCAAUCGCAUGCAAAUUGAAGCCUGUAUACGCGAAGCGGAAAAGCUAUCGUCGCUGAUAACUGCACAGUCGCAUAAAAUUACCACAAAUUUAAUAUUAUCCGGUUUGACCAUGUCCAAUAUGUUAGAUCCCAGCAUUGAAAAUUCCGCAAUACCCUGUUGGAAGAGCUGUAGUUCACAGCUUUUGGUGUUGAUGGUAGUGGUAACGAUAUUAGCGGGUUUCUGGAGUAACAAAUAUAUUUCGUAG